AUGAGUGACAUCAAAGUCCCACAAUCAUUAUCAGUUAUCCAAGCUACAACGACAAAUAAAAUGAAGUGGAUUAGUAAAAUUGCUUAUGGAACGGGUCAAAUGCUUAAAGAUCUUGUUUUGGGAUUUAUCAGUAUAUUCUACAUCAUAUUCUAUGAAGGUUGUAUCAGUUUGAGUAGUUCACAAGUUGGGGCAUUAUUACUGUGUGGUCAGAUUGCCAAUGGAUUAGCCACACCAUUGAUUGGUUAUUUAUCAGAUCGUCCACUCGGUCUAACUGAAAAACCGGCAACUGUUCACCAGUCGAUAACGUGUGAAGAUGGAAGUGUAAAGAAGGAUAAGAGGUUGUUCAGUCGAAUGAAACGACAGUUGAGACUUGGACAGAGAAAGUCAUGGCAUUUAGGUGGAUGUUUAUUGAUAUUUAUUGCCUUUCCGUUGAUGUUCGGACAACCGGAAUAUUUUAUUGGUCUUCCAAUUGUGGUGAAGUUAUUGAUCAAUGGCAUGUUUAUGAUUUGUGUUCAGGUUGGUUGUGCAGCUGUACAAAUUCCCCACUUAUCAAUUAUCAAUGAUUUGACAGACCAACAUGAUGAACGAGAAUUACUUGCAUCCUUGAGAUAUUUAUUCCAUGGAAUCGGACAUUUGGCUACAUUGCUUAUAACGUAUGUAUUUUUUGAAUCAGAAAAAUCCAGUUUGUUACUUUUGAAAUCAGUAAAUGAGACUGACAACAAUGUGAACAACAGUCAACUGUUCACAAAAUCAUUAAUAACAACUGACAUUAUUGUUGGGAGUGAACGAGUAACAUUGUUCAAUCAUUCGAUAAAUAACCACUCAACGAAUGUUGGGAAACAGUUAGUCGUACAUUCAGAAUACAAUAUAACAAUUCAAGAUUUACCCAUAUUUCGAAAUGUUGCAUUGAUUGUUGUUGGCAUUGGAGUAUUAUUCACAAUAAUCUUCCAUUGUGGUGUUCGUGAAGGUAAACCGAAAGCACACCAACCACUCACAAUGCAAUCUCAUGAGAAUACCACAGAUGAAUUCUCACAAGUGAAUGGAACAAGCAACAAUAACAAAGUGAUUAAUGGUAAUUCUGUUGUGGUUUCACAGCUCAAAUCCAAACUAAAACGGACCUACAGCCUUUCAUCUACACUUCCCUGGUAUGCUUGGUUUACACUACCAAGAUUUUGGCUGAGCUGUUCUACAUUCAGUAUAAUGCGUCUUAGUGUGACUGUUUCUGUGGUUUACAGUGGUCCAUUUUUGUUGAAUUCAUUGAAAUUGAAUAAAAGUUCAAUGGUUUCUGUCGCCUUAGUUACCACAAUUUCUUGUUUGAUUACAUCAGUUGGUGUACAAAGGAUAAAUAAAUUACUCGGGAAUUAUGUAAGUAGAUGGAAUUGA